AUGUCUAGAUCUCGACUUGCCAAGGAGAUGGAUAGGAAUACCAGGUACUUUUAUAAUAUUGCAUUAGCAAGGAGAAGGAAUAACCGAAUUGAGUCUUUAGUAAUUAACGGUAGGCUGAUGAGGAAUCAUGCAAGAAUUAAGGUUGCCACUAGAGAUUUCUACAGGAGGUUAUACCACCAGGACGAGUCGCCAAAUAUUAGCUUCAGAGAUGGUUUAGUUAAUUGCUUAGAGGAAGAGGAAGCUCAAGCACUUGAGGUACUACCAAUGGUGGAGGAAGUAAAGGAGACAGUAUGGGAUUGCGAAUCAUCGAAGGCUCUAGGUAACGAUGGCUAUAAUAUGAAUUUUAUAAAAAGAUGCUGGGAGGAGAUUGGAGCGGAUUUUAAAAGAGCGGUGUUGAGCUUUUUUGUGACAGGAAAGCUACCAGCAGACUCCAAUGUUACUUGGGUAGCGCUGGCUCCAAAGUUUGUGGGUGCGAAGAAGAUAAAGGACCUUAGACCGAUCAGUAUGGUGGGAUGA